AUUUUCUAGAGAGUUACAUCACAUGUGUACAGACGAUUGUCAAUGUCAAGUUGGUUGGUUUAUGUAACUCAACACACGCCAUGUCGACCAUUCGAUUGUUAGCGAAGAUAUCCAGAUGUGCCUGUCACAACUCCAUAACUCAUGGAUUCAAGAUCAACAGCCACAAAAGCCGGAAUCUACUGAGUGGUCAAGUUGUCCAGAGAGUCGUAUUACAUCCUCCUAUGGUCAACGGGUCUAGUAAUAUUAUAAAGACGGAAGCACAAGAAACGAAUAAAGAAAAUGAGACGUUUAAGGAAAUUCCGUUUUCUAGGAAAGUCAAGCAUGCUUUUGGAUUUGACAAGGAUUUAAGAGUUCCAUAUAAGGAGUUAGAAAUAGCGGGAUACAGAGCCUGGUUGAGCAUCAUUGAAUUCACAGAUUACCAAGAAUUUUGUACAGCCUUAGAACUGCCCGACACAUUCAAUACCUGGUACCUUAUGGUGGAGCUACAUGUGUGGAUUAUCAUGACACGCCUGAUUUUAGAAGGAGUAGAAGGAAGAUACUUCAGGAAUGUCCUAGUGUCGAUGAUGUGGAAGGAUGUAGAAUCUCGAAUGCAAGAGGUUGAGGAAGUGUCUUUUAAUGAUCGAAAACAUUUCCUGGACCAAAUAAAGCAUCAUUUGCAUAAUGCAAUGUUAUAUUAUGACGAGGGGCUGUUGUCAGACGAUAGGGCCCUUGCCAAUGCCCUUUGGAACAUUCUCUUCGAAAGAAGUGAUGUAAGCGCAAGAUCAAUGGAAACCAUCGUGAUGUAUGUCAGAGCACAGAUUUUAUUUCUGGACAAGAUUGACAGCAUGCUAUUACUUUCAAAAGGGUGCGUUCCAUUUAGGACCCUGAAUGGACAGGAAGUGAACAACAAGAAAGAAAAACUUACAAUGAUGCUUCAACAACAUAUCGUGCCAAAAUAACCAACCAGUAACUGUAAAGCUAAAAUCUGAUUCAUGUGAAUGUUUGGAAUCUCCACCUGCUCGGAAUGACAUUUAUUCCUUACAGAGCACCACAUUUGUAUAUGUAACAAUGCUUGGAAGAGGACUGUGAGAUUUGCUUCAUCAAAUGUGGAAUGUGUCCAGAUGAGCGAAGUCCCAUAGCAUUUAACUUAUUGUGUCUUUCACUCACAUUCAUGCACAGAAUAUGUAUAGAUACUCUUGGAUAGCAACAAGCGAACAUGUUUUCUUCAAAGGAAAAAUCAUUGCCUCUGUAUGUCAGAAGAUAUGCUGAAAAGAUCAAAACAAACAAAAUGCAUAUACCAGUUUAUUAUAGCUUUUGAGUU